AUGAAAACAUUUGCGUUAGCUAGUUUUCUUGGUAUAGCGUAUGCUUUCUCAAAAAACAUUGAAUUCAUUCAUAAAAGAUCUGCAUCAGAUCCAUCACAAGAUCCAUCACAAAAUCCAUUAGACUUACCAUCCGAUUUAUCAUUAGAUUCAUUAAGCGAAGAAAAAGUUUUAUCUUUGAUUCUAGGAAAAAACGCAGAAUUUGGAUGUGAGAAAAAACUGGAAGAGUACUGCAAGGAUUUGGAAGGUCUGGCCUUGGAGCCAAAGAACGUGCAUCCUACAUUAGAAGGAUUUUGUAAAAAUGUAAAACAGGAAUGCAACGAUCUUAAAACUCAAAUUGAUACUCUCUCGAGUAAUGCUAAUGAAUUUCUUAUGAAUAUUAUUAAGAAUAUUUCAAAUGGGGUACUUUUAGGAAAAACCCGUUGCAACUAUGCUCAUAUCCAAUGCGUGAUUUUCCGAGAAUUUCAUGGUUUUUCUUCUAUAUGCGAUGAGAUAAUUAAAGAAUGUUCUCGUACAAUAGGAGGAAAUCUAACUUAUGAUAUUCUUUUAAGGGCUCUUACCGAAAAUUUAAAAAAUAGUUCUAUUUGUGAAACAAAAAUUAAAGAAUCUUGCUCAAAACUGAAUAAAGAAGAUUAUCAUUUAAUGUUACAUUGCUAUAAAUAUGGUCAUACGUGCACUGUUCUUCUUAAUAAAACAAAAGACAACUGUGAUUCUUUUAAAAAUUUCAAAAAUACAUUGAAAAAUUCUAAUAAAUUGAAAGAUAACUGUUAUCCUUUACUCAGGAAAUGUUAUUUCUACUCAUCAAACUGUGAAAAUGGCGAGGUACAGGAUUGUAUGGAGCUUAAAAAACGUUGCGAAGGAGAAAAUAUCACAUACCCCCCCCCCUCCCACAAUCUUCCUUUUAACCCAUUAAACUUUCCACCUACAUUGCAGGAAAAAAUAGGUCUUCAGGAGUUUCACACAGAAGCGUUAACUCUUGGUGUUUUCCUUGAGAAAUCCUUGUCGACAAAGUUUUCUCAUUUUUUAUUAUUCUCAAAACAUUAUACUGUAGACACUGCAGGUAAUUUAGACAUUACAGAGUUAUGCACUAAAUCUCUGGAAAACUGUGCUUCUUUUGAAUACUUAACAGAAGAACUAAGAAACAUUUGCAAAAAAACUGACAAAAAUAAAGCAUGCAAAGAAUUAAACGAUGAACUAAAAAAAGAAUACAUGUCUCUCAAAUUAGUUCUCUAUAACAAAAAGCUUUCCAACGUAAGCGAUACUACUGACUCUAAACCGUACUCAUGGGACGAACUACCAGGAACAAUUUCAAAGGAAGACUGUAUAAAUCUUGGUCAGAAAUGCCAUUAUAUGGACCCAUAUUCUAAUAAUACUCUUUACAAUGCUUGUAGGAAUCUAGGGCUAGAGUGUUUUAAAUCGGCGAUUUAUGGACUGGCAAAUGACGUGUUGGAGGAAGGGUUGUUUGGAUUACUUCACAACUUAGAUCCAAAAAGAACUAAAGAGUGUAUAGCCAAACUAGUAGAAAGGUGCCAGGUAGUCAGAAACAAUAGUAUAGUUAUACUCUCAAUGUGUUUAAAGCCAAGAGAAACAUGCGAAGCACUUGCAAAAGAUGUUAAACUCAAAAGUCACCAUCUGCGACGUAUUUUAGAUAAAGCAAGAGAUUAUCCCCGAGAAAAGGAUUGUCUCGUUCUGGAGAAACAGUGUGAAGACCUGACAAAGGAUUUUGAAGAGCUUAAUGGUCCUUGCGCUACGCUAAAGAGGAAUUGUGCUCAUUUGAGGAACACAAAAGAAGUAAAAGACAAUUUGUUGAGUAAAAAUACAGAUAUUUUGGCAAACGUCGAUAAUUGUACAACAUAUUUAAAUAAAAAGUGUCCUCGGUGGUUUAGGAGGGAAAUAAAUCCAUUCAAUCUUACAUGUGUAGCACAUCAUAAAUCAUGCGUUAUAAUGAUUGAAGACGUGCAAAAUCAUUGUUUGGCAUUUAAGGAAAAUAUGGAAAGUCACAAUAUCAUUGAGGAGUCAAAAGACAAUAAAAAAAAGGAUGAUAUUUGUUUUCUUUGGAGUGGAUACUGCGAUAUGCUUACGGGCAAUUGUCCUGAUAAACUGAGACAAGGCAAUAAAGGCGAAGAUGGUCUUUGUGUGAGUCUCAAAAAGAACUGUAAGACGUUUCGUGAAAAAUUGCCUCUAUUAAAAGCCCUCAUGUACAAUAUAAAAGGUUCUUUAAAAGAAAAAAAUACUUGCAUUAAUAAACUAAAUGAUUAUUGUACAAAAUCAGCACACUCAAACAAGACUCUUGAAGAUUCAUGUAAAGAAUAUAAUAAAGAUAAAAACACAAAAAGUGAAACUUGUGAAAAACUUAUUAGCUGGAUGAAAAUAUUAUGCAAUGCCUUACCAGUCAAACUGGAUAAAGCUGCUAAAGAUUUGGAAAAUAGAGCAAAUGAAUUUAAAAAAACCAAGCAAGAAAUUGAAAAAGCCAUUAAUGAUUCUGGUUUAUUCUUGGCCAUUUCUCAAACAGCAGAUGGGAAGCAAAAUCAUCAUCUUCACAGCAAUAACACGGCUUAUGUUAGACUUGUACGUCGCGAAGAUGCCCUAUAUAUAGAGCCAUCACUGCGUCAAGGGUUAGCGUUUGAUCUGGUGUCUUUACUUGUAGAGUUGUAUUUAGAAGCCAAGGGCAUCUGUGAUCAUUUUAUCCAAGAGUGUGUCUUUGAAGAUGACUGUCCUAAGUUUAAAGAUUCAUGUGACAAAAUACGUAAGUCUUGCAAGGAAUUUGUGUUGCCUGAUGCCAAGCCUCAUGUAACAACGUCUAUAUCAACAACGACGCUUACAGAGUCAACAACUGUAACGGAUACUCAGUCAAAAUCUACUGCAGCAACUACAAUCAUGGAAGGAAAGUGUGUUGCGCUUCAUUCAAAGACCACGUGGGUAACAAGCAAAUCAACAUCUACAAAAACAACUACAACUACAUCAGUAACAACACUGACACAAAAA